GAACGCCUUUGGUACUUUAGGUGUGAAUAGAGUGAAAAGAGUGCGGAACCGAAACUCACUUUCUACUCUAGUCACUCUACUUCUUGUGCUCUACACUCGAACUAAUUAAUUGUCAUUUGUCAAAGUUGCGUCCUUUUUUUGACCAAGUAAAAUCUUGACGUAAAUACGUGUUUAUUUAAGUUUUCUGAAUUGUUUUGCGAAAAACUUGCCAUUUAGAAUCAAAAAAUGGCAACGCGUGUCUUUGUAGGAGGACUCACUUACAAAAUACGCGAACGAGAUUUAGAAAAGUUCUUCAAAAAAUACGGAAGAAUAAAGGAGGUAUCCAUGAAAAAUGGUUAUGCGUUUGUGGAAUUCGACGAUUACAGGGACGCAGAUGAUGCUUGCUACGAAUUAAACGGUAAAGAAUUAAUGGGCGAGAGGAUUACAGUCGAAAGAGCUAGGGGAACACCUCGAGGAAGCGAUCAAUGGCGCGGAAGCGGCAGGGAUAGAGGUUAUGGUGCUCCACGCGGUAGAAACGAUAAUGCAAGAGCUCGCGACAAAUACGGUCCCCCAACUCGUACCGAAUAUAGAGUGAUCGUCGAAAAUUUGUCGAGUCGCUGCAGCUGGCAAGAUUUGAAAGAUUACAUGCGUAAAGCUGGAGAAGUAACGUUCGCAGAUGCCCACAAACUAGUACCCAAUGAAGGCGUAGUAGAAUUCGUAUCUUACAGCGACAUGAAAAAUGCCAUCGAGAAGUUAGAUGACACGGAAAUCAACGGUCGUAGAAUCAGAGUUAUUGAAGAUAGACGCGGCGGUGGAAGAAAGAAUAGAUCUGUAAGUCGCAGUCGAUCUCGUUCCAGACGCCGUUCUAAAUCGAGAAGUGAUAAAAGCCAUUCUAAGUCGCGUUCUAGAUCACAUUCCAAAGACAAUAAAAGAAGAUCUAACUCGAGGUCAGAAGACAGAAGUUAAAUUUGUUCCAAUGUAUGUUGUGUCAACAUUAAAUUUAAGUUUAAUGGCAUAUAUCUGAUUUGUAUGAUUUUGUUUUUUUUUUUAUUAUUAUUUCUAUGUUCCGUAUUUGUGUGCAAAAAUUUUUAUUUAUGUAGAUUUUUGUUGUUUCGAAUUUCUUUUUGUAUUCGACUACAAAUUGACUGUAACUGUUUUAACAAAUUAAUCUAUUUUAUUAUUAAAUCAUUGAACUUUACCUGCCUAAUCAAAAAAAGGAUUAACUUUUUUUAUUUUGCAAAAUCAGACUUAAGUAUCGCCCUUUUUUUUCUGCUAUAAUACAAAUUAUUUACAUUUGAACCCAUAUGACUGCAAAAAUGAAUGUUCUGAGAACAUUAUGAGAAUAAGAGAG